AAAGAAACAAAAACGACCGUGCACUUAGUCGUGUGAUGAAAAGAACAGCUUCAGUGAUAAGGGCAGAGGUUUGAUGUGCAAAAUCACGUUUCGCAUUGGACGCAUUAUUGCGUAUGCCCGCAAGAAAAAUUUUGCGCGAAAUUGCGUUUUUCAAUUUUUCAAUUCAGUUUUUCUCUGUUCUGCCUUUUCAGUCUGCAAAUGCUCUCAUCGCACAUCGCCAAGUUUUUACUCUAAUCUAAAUCUAUCUCAAACUUCUCUUGUAUCCUACAAGAAUAAUUUGAUAACUUUUGUGACAAGUUCUUGGAAAGUCAAACUUUCGAGAUUUGGAGCAGAUCCUGGACUAGUAACGAUUUUUACUAUUCUCCUUUCAUAGUUUUUUUUAUCUUUUAACUUACAGAGGCGGUUCCAGUAUUAAUCCAUGCGCUCGAAAUCUGUCCAUCAACUGCGGAGUCUGCUAUCGCAGUGGACAUGUAUAACGCACAUACAUUGUUAUGGAGUCGAAGAAGCUGGCGUUAUUGGCGCAAUCGAACAAACGCUGGAGGAGCUGCAAGCGAAGGACGAGGCUUCCAUAUAUGCCGUCGUGAACUGCCUGCUUGUAAACGGAUCUCUGAAAGUUCUCAUCGAAGAACUCUUACAUGAGUUAAAUUUGAAACGACAUGGGAAGGCUGACACAAUCGAAGCGCUCGCAAGCCUUCUAGAAAGCCAUCUUCUCUCCUCAAAGGAAAAAGUAAAAUUGACAGUGGUACUGAAUCAUGCUGAGAUGCUUGCCACACUUCCCACGACUGCUGUAAAGAGUCUCUUGUCUCUUCCGAAGAUGAUGCCACUGACACGCCAGAAAUCAAUGCACAAACUUCUUGUUCGCUUUGUGACUUGCAGCCAGUUGUCUUGGAAUUAUAUUCAUCUGCUUAGCAGUAUAUCCUCUCCGGUGACCAUUGUGUUCAAAAGCCCCACAGAAGAAGAAUGCAUUGACCUACUUUCAAAUUACUUGAAGGAGGAUGGAAUCAGCAGAAGAGUGAUCGAGUUCAUUGUCAAAGCCGUGUUUUUUGAAUGCCGAGAUGUGGAACGCAUUUUAGAAAUUAUUCGCCUGGUUUGCGUAAAGUACAACGAAAGACAUGGUGAUGUGAAUGAGGUCAAAAAUAUGAAGCUGCUUCCUGUCAUGGAGGCUUUGAAUGAUACCGACUGCUUUUAUCAGGAUGACGACGUGCGCGAUGAGCCUAUGAUACUUCCCUUGUGUUCUAAAUAUCUACUUAUUGCUUCCUUCUGCGCCAGUCAUAAUCCACCGAUCACUGAUAGACGAUAUUUUGUAAAGUUCCACGGCAAAGAGAAAAGAUCAGAAGCGCGUGAGAGACGAGCUAAUCUUACGGCUGAGCAGCGCGAAGCGGAAGCCAAAGCUGUUGAUUUACAACGGAUUAAAUGCAUCUAUUUGGCGCUUACAAACUUGUACCCAGUGGAAGAUGUGGACAUGAAUGUUGAUAUCAAUGCUCAGAUUGCUACCCUUUGCUGUACGGGUCUGUUAGCGCGGACAAGUAGUUCUUCGAACCUUGAUCAGCCACGCUUUCGAUGUCUUCUCUCAUUUGAGAGCGUAAAUGAGAUUGCACAAUCGCUAAGGAUUCCGCUGGUUGAUUAUUUGGACGGCUGGAAAUAAACAAUGCAUCAAGGGACUGAAUAACAUGCGCUGAACGGGUGAUUGAGCUGUUGUGAGCUGCGUUUUUUACUCCGUAGACAGUAUAGAACCCAGACAGUGUCAUUAGUCAUGUGUAGAGUCUGUGUGGACUGGGAGCUCUCGAAGGCAGAAUUGUUUAUUUUAUAUCACGUCACCAACAUAAAAUAUAU